UGAUUUAUAUGAGAUAUUAUUUUAUCCUUAGGUAUAGGAAUGGAUUGCAGUGUUACUCCACUUCGACAUGGAGGUUUAUCUUUAGUUCAGACAACUGACUUUUUUUAUCCUUUGGUUGAUGACCCCUAUAUUAUGGGCAAAAUUGCAUGUGCAAAUGUCUUAAGUGAUCUUUAUGCACUGGGUGUAACUGAAUGUGACAAUAUGUUAAUGAUUUUGGCUAUUAGCCAGAAAAUGUCAGAAAAAGAGAGGGAUACUGUGGUACCACUUCUGAUGAGAGGAUUUAAGGAUUGUGCUUAUGAUGCUGGAACUCAAAUUACUGGAGGACAAUCAGUAGUUAAUCCUUGGUUAACAAUUGGAGGAGUAGCUACAAGUGUUUGCCAACCUAAUGAAUUCAUUGUGCCUGAUAAUGCAGUAGUUGGCGAUGUUCUAGUUCUUACAAAACCUUUAGGAACUCAGGUAGCUGUAAAUGCUUAUCAAUGGUUAGAUCAGCCAGAAAGGUGGAAUAGAAUUAAACUUGUUGUUGGUGAAGAUGACGUAAGGAAGGCUUACCAUCGUGCAAUGGAUAGUAUGGCACGACUGAACAGGACAGCUGCUAGAUUAAUGCACAAGUAUAAUGCUCAUGGUGCAACCGACGUAACCGGAUUUGGUCUCUUGGGUCAUGCACAAAAUUUAGCAAGGGUUCAGAAGAACGAAGUAUCAUUUGUCAUUCACAAUUUGCCAAUUAUAGCCAAAAUGGCAGCAGUGGCAAAGGCUUGUGGUAAUAUGUUCCAGUUAUUACAAGGCCAUUCACCAGAAACAUCAGGCGGUCUUUUAAUCUGUCUCCCCCGAGAACAAGCAGCUGCUUAUUGCAAAGAUAUAGAAAAGCAAGAAAACUAUCAGGCAUGGAUAAUAGGUAUUGUGGAGAAGGGAAACAGAACAGCUCGCAUUAUUGACAAACCCAGAGUUAUCGAAGUCCCUUCUAAAGAUAAAGAUGGAGAAUUGUGGUAGCCAAUACUGAAAAUGAAGAUUGUGGUAAUCACUUAGCAUUGAAUUCAUUCCAGGGGGGUGGGAUCACAUGUUGCAUUCAGUUACUUUUCAUCACCAGUCAUUUGUUCAUUUGACAUCUUUUAUGUUUUAAGUUCGUGCAAUUAUCUUUUUUCUACACUUCUAUAUAUAUAUUGUUAAACAAGCAGUGCCUGAAUUCAAAACUAAUAGUUUGUAAUGCUUAAAAAGCAUAUACAGGAAUUUGCAUUAAUGAAUCUGUUCUGAGACAACCUCUUCUUGAGAUCUGGUGCAGAUGAUGCUUGCAUUUUCUAUGCUUUUUAAUCUUAAGAAUGUAUAAUGAAACAAAUUAAACUUAAAUAAAAUGUUAUUGUCAGUUCAACUUUA